GAUCAUACCCCAAAGAAUAUAAUACUUACUGUUCUGUGAGACUGUCGCGAUAAGAUUAGAAAAAGCAGCGACAUUGCGAUACGUCCCACCAUCGUUGCCUUAUAAGGCGCCGAAUUUUGGCCCGGCAGUCUUUCAAUAAAACCUUGCCUCUGCGGGGACGUGGCAUCGACCCGCACGGCUCUUCAUCUUUGAUUAGCUUUAAGGGUAGAUCGCGCAAAAUUCUUUAAUUUAUAGCAGAUAUUAAUGAUGAAAUAUCUGCUGCCACUGAUGCUUGCCCUGGCAACUUGCUGGGCAGGCAAUCCUCUUUUUGAAAACGUAGCUCCGGAACUCAUUCACGAAGUACUAGACGACUAUAGAUUGCCGGACAAUGUCGUGCCUAAAAACUAUGUCAUCGAAUUGACGCCAUAUCUCGACACCAAGGAUGAAAAGACUUUUACUUUCGACGGAUAUUCUAAAAUCGACCUCGACAUUAAGAAAAAUACUACGACUAUAACAUUUCAUGCCAAGCAACUUAAAUUUAAAGAAAUAAAUUUGAUGUACAAGAAUGAAACCGAAAAUAUAACUAUAGCAGAUAUAAUACUAAACAAGCAAAAAGAUUUUGUAACUCUAGUUUUGAAAGAAAAAAUUACGAGUGACAUGCAAGAUGUAAAACUAAUUUUAAACUAUACUGGAGUGUUAAAAAAUGAUGAAUUACGUGGCUUCUAUAAUAGUUCUUACCAAAACAAAAACAACGAAACAAGAUGGCUCGCAACGACUCAUUUCGAACCAGUAGGCGCAAGACAAGCAUUUCCAUGCUGGGACGAACCUGCAAUAAAGGCAACUUUUACGAUUAUUAUCAAUACUAGCGCGCUUAAUACGGAAUACCGUGCGGUCUCGAAUAUGCUUGAGGAUACAAACCACAAAGAGACUAACAAGACGAUUUUCUUCCAAACACCAAAGAUGUCUACCUACCUCGUGGCCUUUGUAGUUUCGGAUUACAAAAAGAAGGGGAAUGAAACGUUUGGCGUUUGGACAAGACCUAAUGCGAUCAAUAGCACAGAAUUUGCAUUAAAAAUUGGGCAAGAAACAUUGAAAAAAUUAAAAACCUUUACUGGUAUCGGUUAUUACCAGCCAAGCAAUUCAAAAAUGAAGAUGGAUCAAAUUUCAAUCCCAGAUUUUGGGGCCGGUGCUAUGGAGAAUUGGGGUCUUGUGACUUAUAGAGAGUCUGCGCUUCUCUACACCGAAGGCAAAACAACUACGCAAGAUAAACAGAGUAUAGCGACAGUGAUAGUUCACGAAUUCUCUCAUCAGUGGUUCGGUAAUUUAGUAACUUGCGAUUGGUGGGAUUAUAUCUGGCUAAACGAAGGUUUUGCCACCUUCUUUCAAUAUUAUACAACCGAACAGGUUGUUCAGACACUGUUUGAUGAGUCCUGGCGUCUUAUGGAUCAAUUUGUUAUCAAAAAUUUACAAGCAUCCGCAUUCGUUAUUGAUGCAACCACUAAAACUCGUCCAUUGAAUUCUGAAAUCAAUACAAAAACUCCUAAUCAAAUUCAAGCUUUGUUCGAUGAUAUUGCCUACAAAAAAGGCGCUUCUAUUCUCCGGAUGUUGCAAAAAUAUUUGGGAGAAGAUGUCUUCCAAAAAGGACUUAAAAAAUAUUUGAAUAAACAUAAAUAUAACUCCGUUACUCCGUAUGAGCUCUUUGAAGCUCUUGAAAAGAUCCAAACAGAUGACAUUAAGAAAGAUUUACUAGAUAACCUCUCGCUUUAUGAAGUUAUGGAUAAUUGGUUAAACAAAGCGGGAUAUCCUGUUGUCACGGUCGAGAGGCCAGAGAAUUCAACUAGAAUAGUUUAUCUGAAACAGCAGCGAUUUUACUUGGUAAAACCAGCGAAGCAGGAUACGACUCAAUGGUACAUACCCAUCACCUACGUCACAGAAGAAGCACCCGAAAAUACAAAAUCAUUGUUGAUGAAACCUGAAAGUGCUCCAGAUCAUAAUAACACAGUUCCUGUGAACGAUACACAAUGGAUACUUUUCAAUAAGGAUCAGACAGGAUAUUAUCGCGUCAAUUACUAUCCCGACAAUUGGAAUCGUCUAGCGGUGUAUUUACAAACAGAAAAUUAUAAAAAUAUAAGCAACACCAACCGUGCCCAGUUGAUAGACGAUGCAUUAAAUCUCGCGCGAGCGGGAUACUUAAACUAUGAUAGCGCUUUGCAGAUUACAAAGUAUUUGAACGAAGAAACCGACUACAUACCAUGGUAUGCGGCUAUCAGAGCAUUCGAUUAUCUGGACCGUAUAUUACAGGGCAUGGAAAACCAUGAUAAAUAUCAUGCUUAUGUCGCUCAAAAAAUAGAAAAGUUUGCAAACGAAGUUAAUUACACAGAUCCCGAAGGUUCGCAUGUGACAAAACUAGGCAAAGUAUUGGCACUCGAUACAGCUUGUAAAUAUGGACAAAAAGACUGCGAAAACUUCGCUAAGGGAGAACUCGAACAAUGGUUAAAAGAAAAAGGGGGAAAAAAACUCUCGCCAGACUUGAGAAGGGGAAUUAUUUGUGCUGGAUUGCGAAAGGCGAAUGCAGAGACGUGGCAAAAUACUUUAAAGAAGUUUCAAGACAGCACAGAUAUAGACGAACGGGGUGACAUUCUGAAUGGUCUUGGUUGCGCAUCCAUGGAAAAUAUAGACAAAUUGCUCAACUCAACUAUCGAAGAAAAUGCCAAAGAUAUUUUCUCUGUGAUGAAUUCGAUAGCUGCGGGUAACGCCAAGUCUUUCGAUGCUCUUCUAGAUUUCAUUAAUAAACAUAUCAAUGAAAUCAAAAAGAUAGAUGAAAAUAACAAACAACUUUCCGCUCUUCUUAAUAAACUUGCCAUUAAAGUCACAACUGACGAGCAAUAUAUACAGCUGUCACUAGUCGUCCACAAAUACGUGCAAGAGUUCGAAAAGUUUACAGGAUUGGCUCAGGCGAUAGAAAACCUUGCCUGGAUUAAAACCUAUCGACCAGAAGUUCAGAAAUGGCUCGAUAAAAAUCACGAACAAAAAGAACCAAACUCUGCAAGUUCCUUUACUCUUGCAUCGUUUCUAGUGAUCAUUCCAGUACUACUCGCACGAUUCAAUUGAGAAAUUCAAAUACAUAGUAUCUUUUGCAAUUCAUUAUGGUGUUAUAAUGUCUCUAAUCGAUUAAGUUAGAUUCGAUCAACUCGAUAUCAUACAACAUUUUUUUCGAUCCUUCCAAUAUUGAUUCUAUUGUUGAGACAUUCUUGCACUUGAUUUUGUAAGUGAGAAAAAAUGAAAUAUCUCAUACAUGUAUUAUAUUUUAUCUGAACAGCUUCAUAUUAAUUAAGAAAUAUAUAAUUUAGAUUUAUAAUUGUGUGUGCAUGAUUAUGUAAAUAUACUUACAUAUGCUGAUUGCUAUUUAUAUCACUUAUACAAUAAGUUUAACGUAAUUUAUAGUUAUUUAUAACCGAAAUAAAAAGAAAGAAAAAGAAGA